AUGUUACUAGUAAAAUUCUUUCUUUUUAUUAUUUAUCUCAUCACAAUAAUAAAAUCGCAAAAUGAAUGUCUUGAAAAUUCUAUCUUCACUUGCUAUUGUGAAUAUAAUGGUGGCACAACGUCAGCUAGUUGUACACAAAAUGUUCCAAGUAACGAAACUUCUAUUGAUUGGUCAACAUUUUCAUUAAUUCCACUUCAACGUCAUAAAUUUAAUUUUAAUAAUUUUUUACGUUUAACACCUUCAACAUUUACAAAUUUUACAUCAAAAUUCUCUGGUCUUGAUCAUUUAGAAUUUAUAUUUACAGACGGAAUCGAUGAAAUAGAAGAAAAUACAUUUGAAUCAUUCCAAAUCUAUUCCGAUACAUGGAUUUAUUUGACAUUUUUGUCACCAAGAAAUUUUCGACUUGCAAAUAAUGUUUUCAGUCAAAUAAAAUAUCAAGAAUUAAUAAUAGAUAAUAUUCAAUAUAACGAUAUUUUUCAUCUUCCAUAUCAAUUAAAUAUAAACGCAUUUGAUAAAACAGUUAUAUCAAAAGUUAGUAUUAGAAAUUCCAAUGAAAUUCAAUUAAUUUCAAAUGAAUCAUCAUCUUUUCAAUGGGAGGACGUUGAAAUAACAGAAUGUUCAUUAUCAAAUGUUGAUCUUCUGAUUGAAAGUCUUACUUCAAAUUCAUUACGAACAUUAGAUUUAUCAUUAAAUAAAUUAAAUUCUAUUUCAUCUUUAAUUAAAUUUACUAAAUUAACUAUUCUUAAUUUAAAUAAUAAUUUAAUUAAAGAAAUUCAAUCAAAUAUUUUUACAAAUUUAAUUAAUUUAUUUGAAAUUGAUUUAUCAUAUAAUGAAAUAAAACAUAUUUCAUCAGAUGCAUUUAUUGGUUUAGUUAAUUUAAAUGUUUUAAAAUUAAAUAAUAAUCAUUUAAAUUCAUUAGAAACUGUAAAUAUUCAUAAUGAAAUCGAAUCAUUCUUAUCACCAUUAAAUGAGACCUUGCCUACAUUAAUUUUAUCAAAUAAUUUUCUUCAGAAUAUUAAUUCAAUACAAAAUCUUUCAUCAUUAAUGUCAUUAGAAGUAUGUUGUAAUCAAAUUAAAAAAUUAGAUGAAUUUAUAUUUAAAGAAACACAUGAACUUCAAUCAGUUGAUUUAAGUUUUAAUCAUAUUGAAUCAAUUCAUCCAUUAACAUUUAAUGGAACGAUUAUAGAAUAUCUUGAUUUAUCAUCAAAUCCAUUUAUUUCUUUAGAAAUAACAAAUAUUAUAUAUGAUGAACAAUUUAAACCUAAAAAUCAAACAACUUCAUUUCUGGAUAGUAUUAAAUCAAGACUUAUCUCAUUAUCAUUAGCUAAUUGUACAAAUUUACAAGAAAUAAAUUGGUUUGUUUUAUCCAAAUUAGAAAAACUUACAUAUUUAGAUCUUUCUGGAAUAACGAAAACAGAUCAAUUUUGGACUUAUAAUACAAGAGAUGAUACACAUAUUUAUUGGUAUGGACAUUUUUCAAAACUUCAAAUAAUUUUCAAUAAUAUUCAAUUUAAUAAUGACGAUUAUUGUUUUUCGAAAUCAAUCUUUCAAAUAUUUAAUGAAACUGUUUUACAUUUUGAUGAUGAUCAUCCAUGUAAUUGUUUUUUAUUUCUCGUUAAAAAAUUGAUUUUUCCUACAUAUUAUCCAACUUGUUUAACAAAUCAAUCAAUUAUCGAUGAAUUAACUCAACAAUGUAUGAAUAUCGAUUCAUAUUGUUUAUCUCUAAUCACUACUACAACUACAACUACAACAUUAUCGUCAUCAAAUACAAGUUUUUUAACUUUAACGACUAUUUUGACAUCGAUUCCAAUUACAACGGCAUCAGAACUAUCAUCAGCAUCAACGACGACUACAACAACACAAAUCAUUCAAUCAUCAACAUCAACCACGACUACAACAACACAAAUAAUUCAAUCAUCAACAUCAACCACGACUACAACAACACAGAUAAUUCAAUCAUCAACAUCAACUAGAAGAAUUACAACAACGAAUAUUGUUACUACAUUAAGAGUAGAAACGAAUAAUGGAAAAUGGAAAACAAUAUUAGCAAUCAUGAUACCUUCUGUAUUUAUUCUUAUUAUUUUGUCUUUAAUUGGUAUUUAUAUUAUGAAUAGAAGACAAAAAAACAAAUCAAACGAAAUUAUUGAAAUGGAUAGAGUAUUUGUGAAUCCAUUUGUGAAAAAAUAA